AUGUCAUAUUCAGACGGCAGGGCGUCGUCCAGUCGUGGUUCGGGGAAUAGCCGAAAUUCGAAUGGACGCAACCACGUGACGCCUAUCCAUAUUCAUCAGGCACACAUGCCAACAAUGCCUUCAUUAUUACAGGUGAAGUCCAAGUUUGAUUCGGAAUGGAGAAGGUUUUCUCUGACGGCAGGAAGUCCAGAAGUGUAUUCAUAUGAUAGCUUUCGUGCUCUCGUAGAGAAGUUACACCAUCUCGAGAAUGUUCCUUUUACACUGUGUUAUAAUUCAGCUGGUGGAGAUUUGCUUCCAAUUACAAAUGACGAAAAUCUUCGCAAGUCGUUCGAAUCGGCUCGCCCCACUCUUCGCCUUCUUAUCCAGCGAAAAGGCGAAUCCUGGGAGGAGAAGUACGGUUACGGUACUGACAGCGAUAGGAGGAGGAAAGGUCUUUCGGCAUUGAUACCCGUACAGAAAGCUCCAAGAAGAAAUUACUCGAUAUCAAAUCCGGAAGAUUUUCGACAGGUUUCUGCCAUCAUUGACGUUGAUAUUGUGCCUGAAGCUCAUCGCAGGGUACGGCUUUGCAAACACGGUUCGGAUAGGCCUCUUGGAUUCUAUAUCAGGUAA